GAACUUUUUACGUGCAACUACUGAACUACGUACGUGUCGAUCUGUAUAUAUAUGAGGGCUGCUGCUACGCCAUUUUCAUGCACUCAACACGUACAAAUAUAUACAUACAUAUAGAUAGAUAUAGAUAUAUACCCUAUCAUUAUCCCCUUUCUCAUUAUAGCUAAUACUCCGUAAUAUACUCCGUAUAUAUAUAUAUAUACAUACGUGACAAACCAAAUUAUUUAUUAAAUUAGUUUAAAUAAAUAAAAUCACGAUGGCGGCUACACCGGGAGGUGGACGGAUGGUGCCGGUUGUGGGAUUCCUAUUAUUGUUGUUGGGACUGGCGGCGCCGUCAGGUGUGGCCGCCGGUAACUUCAACAACGAGGUGGAUAUUACGUGGGGAGAAGGGCGCGCAAAAAUAGACGGACAAGGGCAGCUGCUGACGCUGUCAAUGGACAAGGCUUCCGGCUCCGGUUUCCGGUCAAAGAAUCAAUAUUUGUAUGGGAAGAUUGAGAUGAAGCUCAAACUUGUGCCCGGUAACUCCGCCGGCACGGUCACGACUUUCUACUUGUCUUCAUUGGGAUCGGCGCACGAUGAGAUUGACUUUGAGUUUCUAGGGAACGCAAGUGGGGAUCCUUACGUUCUCCAUACAAAUGUCUUCACGCAAGGGAAGGGUGGAAGGGAACAACAGUUCUACCUUUGGUUUGACCCUACUAAGGACUUCCACACCUACUCCAUCCUUUGGAACCCUCAAAGCAUCAUAUUUACAGUAGAUGGGACCCCUAUUAGGCAAUUCAAGAAUUUAGGAUCAAAUGGGAUCCCAUACCCACAAGACCAACCAAUGUGGGUUUAUGGAAGCCUAUGGGAUGCAGAAGAAUGGGCCACAAGAGGUGGGCUGGUGAAGACUGAUUGGAGCCAAGCCCCAUUUGUAGCCUCAUACAGCAACUACACGGCCCAAGCCUGUGUUUGGAGCGGCCCAGCAUCAAGUUCUUGCUCAAAAAACCCAUCAGCCAAUCCGUGGCUGGUUGAGUCGCUAGAUAACAGCGGGCAAGGGAGAAUCAAAUGGGUGCAAAAGAAUUACAUGGUCUACAACUAUUGCAGUGAUGCCAAACGCUUCCCGCAAGGCUUCCCGCUAGAAUGCUCACUAAAUUCAUGAUUCAAUCUCCUUAUUAUCAUAAAUAAAGAAAAAUGGGCAAAUUAGCGCUGAAACUAUUUGCGUAUUUGCAAUCAGGCCCACGAACAGGAAGACUUGUAGAUACACCCCUCAACUCGUUGAAAAUUAAGCAAUCAGAUCAUUUUUACCUGCUGGUGCCGGUAAUUUCUUAUCACCUUACCUGCACCAGCAGGUAAAAAAUGAUCUGAUUGCUUAAUUUUCAACGAGUUGAAGGGUGUAUUUGCAAGUCUUCCGGUUCAAGGGCCUGAUUGCAGAAUCGCAAAUAGUUUGAGGGCUUAUUUGUCUCUUUUAUCAUAAAUAAAUAUAUUUUCACCUUACCUGUUUUUAUUUGUAACUUGUUUUCUUUUCUUGUUCGUGUGUGUUCCUUGGUGUUAUAAAGUCGUAUAUACGAUAGUAUGUAAAUAGAAACUGUUUUAGUUUAUUCAUACAUAAUAAAUGUUAUAUAUUUCUCCAAAAGAAAAUUGUAUUAUAUCUCUAACCAUUGAAUAAUAAAAUAGAUGUUCCCAUUUUGCAUAGUAAUUGCAUU